GCUGCUGGCCGCCGCGCGCUCAGUGAUUAUUCCGCUCUCGCUCAGCUGAGUGUCGGCAGCUUCAAAGCUCAGCAUCACUUUCUUUCCCGUCUCUUUCCCAGUCACCGCACUGCGAUUCCGCGAGGUGAGCUUCACAGCUCCACAGCUCGGCACCUGACUGACUGUGCGCACUAGCAAGCAGCCCGCCGGGACACCGAAACCGGUUUAAAAAAAAAAAAUAAAAAUAAAAAUAAAAAAAGGUGGGGUGUGGAGAGGGACGACAAAUGCUCCAGACCCGCGGCAGGUGGCCCCAGACCCGACAGGGAGGGAGACGAGCACAGCAGUGAUGGGACAGUUUUCCGGAGGAUGCUGCUGGAGUUUUUCCAUCCUCGUGCUCCUUGGUUUGCAAGUCCCGGCGACGUUAGCUCGAGGCCCCAGAGGUGAAGCCCUGCAACAUGGCCAGUCUGGGACCCUGCCGCGGUUCUUGGAGGAGCCCGUCGAUGCCUACAUCAUCAAGAGCAACCCCAUCAAGCUCAGGUGUCAGGCCCGGCCCGCGCUCCAAAUCUUCUUCAAGUGCAACGGUGAAUGGGUUCACCAGAGCCAGCACAUGUCCCAAGAGCACACUGACGUCGUGACAGGGCUGAAGAUCCGCGAAGUGAUGAUCAACGUGUCGCGUCAGCAGGUGGAGGACUUCCAUGGCCCCGAGGACUACUGGUGUUUGUGCGUCGCCUGGAGCCACCUGGGGACCUCCAAGAGCCGCAAGGCAAGCGUCCGCAUCGCCUACCUGAGGAAGAACUUUGAGCAGGACCCCCAGGGCACCGAGGUGCCUCUGAACGGCAUGAUUGUUCUGCACUGUCGUCCCCCAGAGGGAGUGCCGGUGGCUGAGGUGGAAUGGCUGAAAAACGAGGAACCUCUGAACGUUGGCGCCGACGGCGUGAUCAGUAAAAAGGGCGACCAUGAGCUGAUCGUCUCGGAGGCCCGCCUCUCUGACUCCGGCAACUACACCUGUGUUGCCAGCAACAUUGUGGCCAAGAGACGUAGUGCCACGGCUAUGGUUGUAGUCUACGUGAACGGAGGCUGGUCGUCGUGGAGCGACUGGUCGGCCUGUAAUGUGCGCUGCGGGCGUGGCGUGCAGAAACGAUCGCGGACCUGCACCAACCCAGCGCCUCUGAACGGCGGAGCUUUCUGCGAGGGCAUGUCAGUGCAGAAGAGCACGUGCAACACCGUGUGUCCAGUCGAUGGAGGCUGGGGGGAGUGGAGCGAGUGGUCUGUGUGUAGUUCCGACUGCGACAGGCAGCACGCCAGAGAGUGCACGGCUCCAGAGCCCAAACAUGGAGGACGGCUCUGCGACGGCGCGGCUUCGGCAGCGGAAAACUGCACGGGCGGCCUUUGCACACAGAAUCGGAAGUUGCUCCAUGACGCAAAGCCACAGGGAGUGGAAAGAACCAGUGAUGUGGCCCUGUACUCAGGCUUGGCUGCGGGAGUGGUGACCGUGGUGCUGCUGAUCGUCGCCGUCACUCUGUAUCGGCGGAGCCAAAGUGAGUACGGGGUCGAUGUCAUCGACUCCUCUGCCCUCACUGGGGGCUUCCAGUCUUUCAGCUUCAAGACGUCCCGUCAAGCAAACCCCCUGCUCAUGAACUCAUCCAUGCAGCCGGAUCUCACAGUGUCUCGUACAUAUACCAGCCCCAUAUGUUUCCAGGACUCCAUUGACAAGGAGUUAAUGGCCGAGCACUCACUCCUUGACCCGCUGCCAGAUCUGAAGGCGAAAGGGGCAACGGAAAGGGCAGAGUACCACGUCAUGUCCCACCCUCAGACAUUUCCACGGGGCUUGGCUCCAGACUACAGAGGGGUUGCAGUAGGGACAACGCUGGGCAGGAGAGGCAAAAACCUUUUCACUCCGCGGGUCUUUCAGACGCUCAGCAGGCCUCUGCACAAAGCAACGGCGGUGUUUGGCCAUGCUGGAGGCAGGCUGGUGUUGCCCAACACAGGUAUCAGUCUGCUGGUGCCUCAUGGGGGGAUCGCGGAAGACACUACCUGGGAAAUGUACAUGAGCAUCAACCAGGAGGACAGCAGUACUGUGCCGGAGGACGGGGCAGAGAUCUUUUUGAGUCCUGCCGUCACAUACGGCCCGCCAGGCCUCGACCUGUCCUGUCCAAUAGCCAUGACUAUAGCACACUGUGCAGAAGUCGCUGCUGACAACUGGACCAUCAGGUUAAAGAGACAAAUCCAGGACAAGUGGGAGGAAGUGAUGUCAGUGGAUGAGGAGAGCACGUCCUGCUACUGUCUGCUGGAGGCUCAGACGUGCCAUGUGCUGUUGGAGCAGCCGGGUCGUUACGCGCUGGUGGGGGAGGCGCUGAACCAGGAGGCCGGCAAGCGACUGAGGCUAGCCGUCUUUGGCAGUCCAGACCUAAGCAACUCGCUGGGCUUCACCCUCAGGGUGUACUGUGUGGACGACACUCCCUACGCCUUUCAGGAGGUGGUGGUGGGGGAGCGCAGCAGGGGUGGACGGCUCCUCGAAGAACCUAAAAUUCUGCUGUUUAAGGGGAACACGUUCAGCCUCCAGGUGUCCAUCCAGGACGUCCCGCGGUUACUCUGGAGCAUCAAGCCUUUCACCACCUGCCAGGAGUUCUCCUUUUCUCAGGUGUGGGCCAGUAACCGGUGUCCCCUGCAGUGUGCCUUCUCUCUGGAGCGCUACAGCCUCUCCUCGUCUCAGCUAUCCUGCAAGAUCAGCGUGCGACAGGUCACAGGAGAGGAGCAGAUACUCCAGAUCUACACGUCUGUCGUGGAGAAUGAAAAAGGAGCGGUUCCCUUUUUCACGCAGUCCGACUGCACCAUCACCUCUCAGACAGGGUCAAAGGCCUUCAAAAUCCCCCCGUCCAUCCGUCAGCGGAUCAGCGCCACCUUUGACACGGCCAACGCCAACGGGAAGGACUGGCAGCUGCUGGCUCAGAAGCUCCACAUAGACAGGAACCUGGGCUACUUUGCAUGCCAGCAGAGCCCGUCGUCGGUGAUUCUGAGCCUGUGGGAAGCGCAGCACCAGGACCCCGGGGACCUGGACUCUCUGGCCAGCGCCCUUGAAGAAAUCGGAAAGGUCCAGUCCCCCCGGGAGGCCGGCGCUCUCGGCUGCAGCAAAGAAGACUCUGAGCUGACGAGACUCGGGUAGGGAAAAGGGUUUCUGGCGCAGUCCGAGUCCCGACAGACCUUUACUGCAUGAACGCCGACGAUCGGGUGUGCCGACGUACCCACCGAGAAGAGGAGACUGUUACUAAAGGAACACCUCUGCUAAACCAAAUGGUCCACACAAGACACGACAAAGUCGAGGACAGAUCGAGUGUUUGUGUUAUGAGAGGUACCGAUGGGUUUUGGGAAAGCUCGUCAGCGAGGUAAACCACCUGCGAUUGAGAAGCGCCCCAAAAAACAGCUCCGGAGCUCAAUCCAGUCGCUCGUAGUUUCGUGUGAAGGAUUUCCUUCAACUAGGACAGAGUCGGUUUCAAACGCACCCUUUCCAGAACCAGACGUAAUCAAAUAAUCCAAGUGGCCAGAACAACAACAAAAAAUAUCCUUACAGUAUUUUCUCAUUCAUUUUAUAGAUUUCUAAUGAAAUUUAUUUUCUUCAGUGUAAAUUCAAUGUCUCUGCAGUUUUGAUUUAAACACGAAGAAAGAUAUAAAGUUUUUUUUUUUCCUCUCCAUUCCAUAAGGUCAGAGACACUGACGGUGAUUAGUAUCUAAAAGGAUACGCGUCCACUUGCUGAGAAGAUAAUGGAUGGAUGAAUCACGCUGAUAGCUGUAAUUUUAAGAAUGAGCCACAAGCAUGCAGGAGCAUUUUUCAAUCGGCGGCAGACAGAGAGAAAUAUCAAAGCAGAGACUGCAGAGGUGGAACGAGCUGAUCUGUGCCUCAUCUGGAAAAGCAGCCAGAGGUGAACCACUUACCUCCACCCAAAACCCACUACACACACACAUACACACCCACACCAACCCAUCCCACCCCGUGAGUUCAAGUAAUCAGCGUCUGGUUAAUUUGGAGGAAAUUUAAUGUGUGACAUGUGACUUCAUUCCACACAGCCUUCAUAUUUCUGGCACCGGUGAAGUGGGAUGUAUUUUCAAGAUCCCUGGGGAUUUUUCCUUCUCCUUCUUCUUCUCCUCCUCUUUUAUGGUUGAAUUCAAAUUUGGUUUUUUGAUGUGCGGUCAGAGCGGAGUCUCCUGCAGCCGGAGUUUGUCCAUUACCACCGCAUCAUUGUCAACCUCACCAGCAACAAUCUUCUGUUGACUCAGCUUUAAAAAAAAAAAACAAAAAAAAAGCUCCCCUCAAUCAGUGGCUCCUUAGCUUAAUAAUAAAGUGACUUUGUGUUCAACUCGGUGUUGGGACUCGCUUUCCAUCUGUUUAACUCAUUUACCUCUUACAGACCAGGCAGCUCACAUUACGGCGCGAUAAAGGAAUCUGGUGUUCAAAUAAAAGAUGAAAUAGAGACCCCUGAUAUCCCCCCCAUCUAAUGAUUUUAUAUCGAAUUGGGUUAUAGAUUUGUAAAAAAAAGUAAGAACAAAGUACAGAACCUGUUGGUGCUGUUGGUAAAAAAAAAAAAAAAAAAAAUGUGGAAGAAGCCUUAAAAUAAAUGCAACUUUUAUUUCAGUGCCAUAAUUUUAUGUUCAGAAUGUAAUUUGAGUGCAUUUAUUAUGGAGAAAUAAUAGUUUAAACAAGUUAUAGACAGCUACGAUGCCAGUACUUGGUAUAAGCGCCUUUCAUAUGUUUCAUAAUGAUCAUAUAAUUAUUAUCCUUUAGAAUGACCGAAUGUUCAGUCAAUUUUCUACCCAGAAUCCACCUGGUUCACCCAAAGCAUCACAGAUCCUCCACCGUGCCUCAUGUUUAUGCUUCGUCUAUGCCGCAUCCAGGCGGAUUAUUUAAAGCAGAAAAGCUCCAUUUUUACCAAACAUGGUUCCAAUUAAAUACUCGACACGCUUUAGUAAGCACAUGUUUAUGUUUGUGAUGGUCGGAUAGAAAUGUUUUUCUGUCUAAUGUGUCUAAUUGUUGCUACGGAGAUCCCAGGAGAUUCCUCUGUGCUGCAGUUCUCGUAACAAAAAGCUUCAGAGGGUUUUUUUGUUUUUCUUCAUUACUGUGUGUGGUAACGAGAAAAUUAUUCUACUUAGAGGCCAGUGGCAAAAAAACACAGCCUCUGUGGCUCAUGGUGUUUAUACUUGGAGGCAGCAUGAAGUUAUGAAUUACUUUUUAAAAGUUCCCAGGCACAGUGGUCAGCUUAAAAAGUAUAUUAUAACAUAAAAUAAGCAGAACAUUUUUAUUCAUCUUAUAACAAAUGGUGGUUAUAUCAACAAUUAUGGCACUGGGGAUUUCUCUUUACAUUUUUUUGUUACUUUAUUAAAUAAAUGGGUGAAUUUUUCUAAAUUUAAUUUAAGAUUUUGCCACUGCUAUGAAAAGUGAAUUUGCUUUCAGGCUUCUUUUUUUUUUUACCCAUCUUUACCAGGAAUGACACAAUGGGUUCUGGAGAGUCAGUAAUUGUGGAGAAAAUUGUCCUCACUAAAAUUGACUUGAAUAACUAGACGAGUGGAAAAGCGGUUUUUAAAAACUCUUAAAUCCCUCAACGAGGUCAAUCCUUUUCCACUCGCAGCUUUUGAGAAACAGCUAAAACUCUCAGGUAGCUAUUAGCUUACUUGCUUGUUUAUCUUGGGAUUUCUUCUCGUGAUAAGGUCGGAAACCUGGAAACCAGCAGCCAAUAAUCUGACAGAUCCCAAAAGCUUAAAAAAGAUUCUUCAGAUCUUUUAAAACAGAGGAUUUCCUGACAGCUCUUCUUGCGUUUGAGUGUGGAGUUGCGAACAGGACGGACUCCUGGUCUGAAUUUGUCACGGCUCGUAGUCACAGAGGUAACGGAUGAAUGCAGAUUGAUGUGGUUCUUCUGGCUCAGCGGCAGGAACUUCUUGCUGAUUUGUGCGUUUAUGGAAAUAACUUGAGAUAUUCAACCACACGAGUGUGCAUUUCAUUCAGCGACUGCUGAGACGGAGUUUCAGUCAGGACUACGUGAUGAAAACGAUGCGGGCCUGCAGUUCUCUUCAGGCCAAAGGCACUCUAUACAACACCACAGAAUAAAGAGCUUAUGGCUUUAUUGUUCAUAAUCUCCUCUACAUAUCACUAUGUAAAAAUAUAUAUAUAUAAGAUUUCACCCGGAAUUCAGCUCAGCUGUUGAAACAUGUAGAGUAUAUCUCUAAUUGGACUCAAGUGGAUCUUAAAGCUCAACAGUUUUAUUAUCUGCUAAAGUUUAUGACGUACAGUGCCUUGAAAAGGAUUUAUAACCCAUAACCCUUUUUUUUUUUAUAUUAAUGUUAUGUUACAACCAAUACUUUCAUGCUGGUUUAUUGGGAUUUUAGUGCAUAACUAUAUAAAAUCCCAAGAAAAUACCUUGAAGUUAGUGGUUAGUGCUUAAGAAAAUGUUUUCAAUGUUCUUAGAGUCCGGAUUGCUCCGUUAUACAUAGAUAUAUUUUAAUGGAUUCCAAACCAUACUACAGUACAAACCAAACAGUAUCUCCCCUUAUAGAGAAGUCAUUUCCGUUCCUUUAUGUUCGUGCUUUAUUGUUUUUCUGCUAUGUUGCUGCUCCAAGUGUGUCCUGAUUUUUGUUGCAUAAUAAGCUUCUGCCCUCAUACGUCCAGUGAAAGAAUCUUCAUGGCUUUCCUCAUAUAAAAAAAAAUUUCUAAUCAGACAAACAUAAGUCUGAAUUCAAAUUCACUAUUUGAUUGAUGAGCUGCUUUUGGGCUCUUAGUGAAGAUUGAGUUCCAUUUAAAGGGACAGUGCUAUGUAAUGAUGACUUUUUUGAGCUUUAUGUCAUGUUGUAAUAUUAUUCCCUCAUCAAAAAUAAUACCCGGAGUAUUGCCUUCACUCUUUUAUGCAUGGUUGAGAAAUCAUUUAAUCUCAGCUAUGAAUAAAGCUUGGUUGGAUCUAGCUCCGCCUUGAAGGACGAAGCUCCUCCUCUGGGCUGCAGCUCCUGAGCUUCUGCCUCACAGAGCAGCAGUCCCAUACGACGUCUCCACUCAGCUCCUUCAGACUAGCGAGCAGCAAUUAGCAAACACCUGGUGGAACUCAGUGAAACGCCGGUGAAAAUGUUGCUAAAGGGUUAAUAUAGGAGCGAUGUUGUGAUGACUUCCUGUUUCAGAAAGAGCAGGAGUUUAUUAAAGAGACAGAGACCCAAUUUUAAGGUAUUAAACUACAAACACGAAUUUCGUUUGUCAUAUUUGAGACGUAAAGCAUUUUUAUAACAACUGAAGGUAAAGUAGUUACUUGAUUGUGCUAUAAAAUUGCGCUACAUGAAUGGAAAAUACAUAAUACUGGCCCUUUAAAACAUUUGAAGAGAACACAAAACGGUAAUCAAUUUAAUGUUCAUAACUCUGUUAUAGUAGGAGCAGCUAUAUUCCAGGAAGAUUUAGGAAAAACUAUUAAUUUAUUACCACCUGUAGGCAAAUGAGUCCCAAGGCUGACCUUCAGCAGAGGUUUGCUUUGGCAAAUCCCACAAAUGCCAUUAACUUCGUUUCUUACAUCAAGAAUCUGAAUUCCUUUACUUCUUUAGUUUCCUGAUAUUUUGCCCCAGACAUUCCAAUUAUUUGCCGUCUUUUUUUUUUUCCUGAUUUCUGCUGAGGCACAGAAUGUGUCCUGAAAAUCCUGCCAAACCAUUUCUGGCAACAUGACAUCAUUGUGCAAACCAUCAUACUUAUUUACGCUUCUGCAUCAAGCUGAGCUCUAGAAAUAGCUUUCAAUAAAUUAGAUAAAACAGUCCAUUGGAGCUCCAUACAAAUAUUUCUUUGGGGCAGCUACUUAGGAAGUAAAAACAAAACAAAUCCCAGCCAAAAGAGAGAGGGCAUCGAAACCAGAGGAGACUUUGGAACUGAUUAAUAAAUCCGUGAAAAGCCCGCCCCAAAUUUUUCUCGGCUUUCCUUGUAGAGAGCAGUAAAGCAGUUGCUUUGGCACCGAUCCUCUGCUUCAUUAGAGGAAAACAUCAACAGCUAAUGAAGACCGAAACAGAGAAGAGAACAAUAUCUGACAGAAGGAAUUGUUUUUCUUUUUUUAUUUGUCUGCCUGAAGAUCGAGGAUGGGAAAAAAAAAAAAAAAGUAGGCAGCUGAGCAACCAAACCGCUGGUUUCAUUUAGAGACGGCACUGUGAGAUGGAUAUGGAAAUAUUGACCUGUAAGGAAGGGGGAGCCUUCAAGUUACACCAAUACCAACUGAACACCUGCGUUAAAAAAAAUAAAACUAAAAAAAUCCAUUUUACUGCAUUAAAGUGGAAAGCAUUAGUCCGGCUCUUGUUAUUUUCUGGGCAGGCGGAUCAGGACGACUCUACAUUCCUCGGCUUAUGUGAUGACUUCUAAUCAGGGAAGGAGUCUGGCCUUGCUAUGCAGAUCUAUAACAAAACAGUAACAAGCUUCUGACUCAUUCCACAGCUCAAACAUUCUGUGGACACACACCGCUGGAGGUAAUGAUUACUUUGGACGUUUGGGUUUUGUUUAAAGCCUGUGUGACUUUUGGCUUAAAGCUUGGACAAUAUAUCCCGCUGCCAAAUCUCACUCUGAAAACAUGUUUCUGUUCCCAAUUUAAAUCUUUGUUUUGUUGAUUAUGGGUUUUUUUUUUUCUCUAAUAACAAUCCAGUUUUCUGCCUCCAUCUGUAUAAAGACUAUAAAAGGAAACUUCUAGCUUUAUAGUUACCUGUGUACGAAUCGUGCCUCUUCUUUGUGUGGGUUUAGAGUAACCAGACAGGCCUGACCAGAAUGUUUGUUUUUUUUGUUGUUGUUUCUUACUACUCCAUAUCCGAGAACCUAGGAUGUUAUAUGCAAAGCUGCGUUGCGUAUUGCCAUGCACAGUGUUCACCUUAUAGCUGGUGCAGAGGCGUUUCCUGAGAGAGAGGAAAAAAAAAAAAACUAGAAGCAUUUAAACCUGUUAUCUCCGAUGC